CUCCACCAAAAAGUUCCCGCAGAGUACCGUCCACACGCCACACAUAACCCGUCUGCAUCAUGGGUGUCGCAAAGAAGACGCGCAAGUUCGCCGCCGUCAAGCGCGUUAUUGGCCAGCGCGAUGCCCGCCUCAAAAAAAACCAAACCCUAGGCAGCGAAGUUGCCAAACAAAAAGAAGCCGCCGAGCGCCCCAUCCGUGAGAUCCCACAAGUUCCGUCCCACCUCUUCUUCCAGGCGAACACCAGUCUUGUGCCUCCAUACCAGGUCCUCGUUGAUACAAACUUUCUGUCACACACCGUGCGCGCAAAACUCGACCUCCAACCCGCCCUCAUGGACUGCCUCCUCGCCAAAGCCCAGCCCAUCAUCACCAGCUGCGUAAUGAGCGAGCUCGAGAAACUCGGCCAGAAAUACCGCAUCGCCCUGCAGAUCGCCCGCAACGAAGCCUGGACGCGCCUGAAGUGCGACCACAAAGGCACAUAUGCAGACGACUGCAUCGUAGAUCGCGUCAUGAAGGAUAGGAUCUACCUCGUAGCGACCAACGAUAGGGACUUGAAGAGGAGGAUCCGCAAGAUCCCCGGUGUACCGCUGAUUUCGGUGGCGAGGGGCAAGUAUGUGAUUGAGAGGUUGCCGGAUGCGCCGAAUAGUUUGUAGCGGGGGAAGACUGUUUGAAUUGCAUAGCGACGGCGUUUAUAGGGAUGCAUGUUCAUGGUAAAUGGGGCAAUGGGCUCGGGCUUGGGUUUGGGUGGCUAGAGAUAUCUAUGGGAAAACGAACGACAUCGCGUAGUCUGAUCUAAAAUAAACGCAAAAUGCUGCUCAAACUAAGAAAU